AUGGAAAAAGAAGAAUUUUAUAGAAAAUAUGAAGAAUAUUAUGGUGGAAACAUAAAUGAGAUUCCUUAUUUGUUGGAAGGAAAAGAUAUAUGGUUAUAUGAUUUAUAUUUAAGUGUGUUAAAACAUGGUGGAUAUUCGUGUGUAAGUCGAAAUGCGAAAUGGUUAAAAAUUGGAAAAGAGUUUGGGCUAAUAAAUAAAGAAAAAAAUAUUAGAUUAAUAGAAAUAAAAAAUAUUAAAGAGUAUUAUUUAAAUUAUCUUAGAGAAUUUGAAAGGAUACAUGAUAAUUUAAAAAAAGGGAAAAUAUUAACAAAAAAAUAUAGGUGUCGUGUUGGAAUAAAUAAUAUUGAUGUAAAAAAUAAAAAGAAAUCAGUAGUAAAUAGCAACGGAAAUAAUAUAGCAAUAUCUUCUAAAGGGAUCAAUAAUAAAAGGAGUGUUCCAAAUAGUGGGAAAAGUAAUACAAAUAUAAUAAUUGAUGGUUCUCGUUUUGAUGGAGUUAAUAAAGAUUCUUUUUUUGUUAAAGAUGAAAUAUUUAGGGUAGAAAACGGUUUAACUAUUGAUAAAAAUAAAAUUAAUAUUGAAAAUGAAAUGUCUACUUUGAAUUAUCCCACUAAUAAUAAUCUUAAUAACAAUAUAGAGGUAAAUUGUAAAGCAAAAAAAGAAGUAUAUCAUGAUAGCUAUACUAAAGAGAGUCGAAAAAAUGAAGGAAAAUAUAAGAAAAACCGAAGAAAUACUAUUUUUAGAAAUUGCAAUAAUAUUGGAGUGGAAAUUAAUAAUGGUAAUAAUAAUGAUAUCGUUCGAGGGAUUGAAAUUGAUAACAUUCAAAAUAAUGAAGAGAUAGGUAGAUAUAGCGAUGAUAUACAAGUGAAAAAAGGAAAAAUAAAUAAUAAUAAUAAUAAUAACAAAGAAAUAGAAGAUCAAAUAAUUAAUAAUGAAAAUUUUGUGAAUAUAAAUAACAUGUCUUGUUAUAAUUUUACAUAUAAUACGAUAAAUAAUUAUCAAAAUAAUUUAAAUUACAUGAAUUAUUUAAAUAUAACUAAUUAUGGUGACAAUAGAUAUAUAGGAAAUUCCGAUUACAACAAUAAUAUAUAUUCCUCCAAUUUUAAUAAUAGUUCUAUUUUUAAUAGUCAUAUAAAAAAUGAAAAUUAUAUUAGUAAAUGUGAAAAUAGUAAUUAUAUAGGAAUAUCCUAUAUUAAUAAUAAUUUUGUUGAUGCUAACUGUUCAACAUUGAAGUUUCUAAACGAAAAUAAUUAUAGUGAAUAUAAUGAUUCUCCAAUUAUUAGUAUAGGAAAUAAUACCUUCCCGACAAAUGUAGGAUAUAUGAAUUAUGGAUUUUUAAAUGAAAAUUCUAAAAAUAAUAAUAUCGGUAAUAAUUAUAACAACUUAAAUGGUGGGCUUUUAAAUAAUAAUCUUUAUGUUGAUAAUAUUGGAAAUUACAUGAACAAUGAAAGUUAUGAGAAUAAUAUAAACGAUUUGAAGAAUGGUGUAAAUGUAAUUUAUGAACAAGGGAAAAAUAUUACAAAUAAUGUGAAAGAAACAGAUAACCAUAAAUAUAAUUUCGAAAAUAAUAAAGAUAUGAUUUUGUCUAAAAUUGAAAAUGAAAAAUGUAUAGAUAUAUAUAGAUUACUAUUGGGAUUAUAUAAAAGAAAAGAAAAUGUUGGUGAUUUUAUAUUAUGCCUAAAUAUACUUUAUUCAAUAUCAAAAAUGGAAAAUAUAAUUUCAAAAAAACAAACUCGUAUUGUUAUAUGGUCACUUUUGCAUGUGUUAGAAGAUAUACUUAAAAUAUUCUACGAUGGAUUUAAUAGUAAAAAACGAUCAGUAUAUAUUUUGAUGUUUUUUUUUAAAGAUAGUUUAUUAAGAAACAAAUCAAUCGAAAAAAGAGAAAGAAAUAUAAUUUCAAAUAUGAAAAGUGACAGUAGUCAAUAUAUUUUGGAGCAAACUCUGAAAGACAGCUCUAAUAUGGCAAAUUCGAAAAAGAAGAAAAUUGAAGGUGAAAAAUGUGAAUCAGAAAAGAGAAAUGAAAAAAACCCUAGAUUGAACAAUAACAAUAUUUUAGCUAACAUUUUAUUUUUAAACAAAAAAAUAGAAAUAAGGGAAAUGCUCGAUUUGCAUUUAUCUUACUAUGAAUAUUGUAUAGAAAAAAAAAAAAAAAUUAAGCGAAUAUAUGAGCUAGGAGAGAAAUGGACUGAACAAAAGGAUAAACGAAAAAAAAUAAAUAAAAAUUUUGAUGAAAAAAAUGAAGUAUGUGCUGAAAAUAUUCGUAACAAUACAGACUCAUCAACAAGUUCCUAUUAUUGCAGUAGUGUCCAUAGUACAGACAUAGAAAAUAUGAAUAUGAUUCUAAGAAAUAAAGAUAGACACGAUUUGAAUUGUAGCUAUUUUUAUAAAGAUAAAAAAUAUGUGAAAAAUAUUUUAACAAAAAAGAGCUCCGUUGACUUUGUUUUUAUCAUUUUGUAUAUACUGAAUAAUAUGUUUCAAAUUAGUAAAUAUAAUUUGCAUUUUUUCAAUAUGUCAGCAAAUUAUAAAGAAAAAGAUAAUGAACAUGUUUGUGAUAUAGAUAAAAAUAAAAAAACAGCCGAAAAUUGGAAUGUAUCGAAAAAUAAAAAUGAAAUGGACACUAUGCUUACACCUUUGAAUGAAGAAAAUAAAAAUAUUUUGAAAAAAGAAGAAUUGUUAAAUAAUCAAAUUCCAAAAAAUGAUUUUUAUGAUGUAAGUUCAUCAGAUGUGUCAUCAUCGAUUUGUAGUAUGAAUAGUUGCAUAAAUACUGAUAUAAAUUUAUUUUCCUCGUUGAAAAGUGGAGGGAAUAUUACAGUAAAUAAUAGUAAAGAUAUAUUAUAUUAUAAAAAUAAUAACAAUAUGAAUGAAUAUGAAAAGUCUGAGUUUGAAAAAAAUAGAUAUAGUUUGUAUAAACCUAGUUAUAAUAAAGUUGAUGGUCAAGAUAGUUGGAAAUUAAUUGAUUCCGAAAUAAAAGAAGGAAAUAAAACUAAAAAAUAUGAUAUAAAAAAUAGUGAAGGAGAUAAUGUUUGUACAGAAGAUUGUGAGGAAAAUCAUUUGCCAAAAUUGCCAUGUGAUGAUACUGAAAACUGGGGUAAUAAUGUAGAAAUUUUAAAUAUUAAGAAUAAUAAAACUGGGACAGAAAAUGAAUCCGAAAAAUGUGCGUUAAAAAUUGAUUCCACGAAUUUGAAUAAUAACAAUAGGAGUAGUAUAGACAAUUCUAAGGAGACAAAUAAGGUAAAUAAAAAUAAGAAGGAAGUUAGAGAAAUAUACAAAAAUCUACAAAAUGAAAUGUAUAAGGAUAUGAAAAAAUUAUUUAUUAAAAAAAAAAGAAAAGAAACGAAAUAUAAAUUAAUACAUUAUUUUUAUUUAAGUAAAUUUCUUAGUAUAUUUGAAACAAUAUUUUUAAAAAAUUUUGAAAAUAUAAUAUAUCAUGAAAAGGUUAUUGAAAAUGUAUAUAUUAAUAUGUUUAUUUGUAUCGAUAUAAUAAAUAAGGAGUUGGGGACAAAUAUUUCGUUAAAAUAUAUUUUUUUUCCAUCACAGUAUUUAGAAAAAAUGAACAAAAUGAAAAUUGUUGCCCAUUUUUCUUCGGAUAACAAAUUUUAUUUAUUUUCAAAUCAAGAAAAUCGAAAAAAUAAUAAGCCAAAAAAAAAUGAUGAGAUGCAUAAAGAUGAUUUUGGAAAAGACAAUAAAAAUGAAUCUAUUAACUGCGGAAAAAUAAAUAUAGAACCGUUUUCUAAAUUUGUAAGCAAAGAUGAAAAUUCAGAAAAUAGAGGAAAUGAAAGAUGUGGAGAAAAUCGAAAUAAUCUUGAUGAUAAUAUGAAAGAUGAAAUUCGAAGAGGACAAGAAGAAAAGGAUAAUGGUAAUGUAAAUAUGAAAAGUGUUAACAUUGCAGAAAAGGAUGGAGUGAAAAUAAAUGGGAAUAAUAAUAAAGAAAUGGAUGGAAAUAAAUAUAAAAAAAAAAUGAGAAAAUUAUUUUUAAAAAUAUUUCGAAAAAAUAAUAGAAAAUAUAAUAUUUAUAAAAAAAUAGAUGAUAAAUAUUUAAAGGAGCAUUAUAAUUAUUUCGAAAGUUUUUGUUGUAAAGAGAAAGAAAAAAUGGAAAAAGACAUUUUGUUAAAUUUACAUGGAAUUACAAAAAAUAUAUUAUUAAAAAUAUAUAAAAGAGUUAACAAAUAUUUAAAUAUUGGAAUGUUAUCAUUAAAUAUAUUAGCACAUAUAUUGUAUUUAAUUCCUAAAAAGUUGUUUUAUGUGUCUAUUAUUCCAUGGAUAUUAAAUAAUAUUAUAAAUGUAAAAUGUUGUUAUACUUAUGUGAAUAUACCUUUAUGUAUUUUAAAUUAUAAUGGAUUUAUAUUUUUAGAAACAUUUAUGAAAUUUAUAAUUCAAAUGAUUAGAAAUAACAUGCUAUCAAUUAAAUCAUAUAUUUUUUCAUUCCUUCGUUUAUCCUCUUUUCCGUUAUAUAUUUAUAUACACUUUGACAUUCCAUUGUCUCAUAAUCUGAUUUUAACCUCUUUGUGUUUAAUAUAUAAGUUAGUUACUUAUGAUCCCGAUUAUUUGGCAACGGGACUUAUUAUAGAAAGAGAGUUUCAGAAUGAAGCCUCAUCUGUUUUCUACGAUAAAGGGAUUGAAGUAGAAAAUAACAAUGAAGAUAAUAUUUAUAUUAAAAAUAAUUCCAAAAAAAGAAAAAUUGUUCAAACAAAAUAUGUUAGUAGUAAUACUAGUCCAUUUGAAAACAUAACAAAUGAUUCAUUCCAAAUUUGUGAAUCUAUUAGUAAUGAGAGAUCAGUAAAAUGUGAAUUUAAUACAAAUAAAAAUACAGAAAAAGAAAGAAAAAAUGAAAAAAGAGAAGGAACAAAAAAUUAUGAUCAAGAUAAUAUUAGCGGAAAAAGAAAUGAACUACUAGAGAAAACAUUUUUAAAAACACUUUUUUUAUUUUUAAAAAAAUUUAUUUAUUUUAAAAGUAUUUUGAAUUGUGCUAAUAUAAAUGAUAUAGACGAAAUGGUAGUAGAUAGUAAAAGAGUUCAAGAUAUUUUAAAUAACUGGAACUUAAAUAAUAAAGAUGUAAAAUUUAGGAACAGCGAACAUUAUACUUCUAAUGUUGAAAAGAAAAUAUUUUAUUUACAUGAUAAUUUAAUUAUAUAUGCUAAGGAAAACAAAAUAAAUUCAAAUUGUGUUAAGGAUAUAAAAACAUGUUAUAAUAUAAUAAACCGUUAUAGAAACCAAUACAAUACAACUAGCAACUAUUCAUAUGAAUAUAUGGCAUCCAAUAACCCUGAAACACAAAAACUCAGUAUUUAUGCUCAUUCGAUAAUAUCUAUACUUUUAUUUUUAUCGUCUCACCACAAUUUAUGGGAAUCUUUAUCUCCUUAUAUUCCAUUGUUAGUUCAUAUGGCACUAAUUCGAACAGACGUCAGCUCGUCCUUGUGGAUAGUACUAAAAGAAUACUACUUCCGAAAUUUUAUGAGACAAAAAAGAAGCCCCCAAAAAUGUAGGAAAUAUUAUAACUCAAAGGUUGUGGAAAUAGAAAAAGUAAAGUGA